AUGUCUAUUAAAACAGUAUUAUUAACUAUUGUUCAAUAUGUAUGCAUAUGGCGAAAUCGAGUGUUUACAUUAUUAUUUGGAUUUACAAUUUAUACUUGUAUAUAUUUAUUUUUAAUAGGACAUUUAAAUAUCUUUCGAUAUAAUUCUAAUCAAUCCUUAGCACUUAUUCUUCUAUAUACACAUAAUCAUUCAAUUAAAACACGAGAUAAUAUUUGUCGAGGUAUUCGUAAUGGUGGUCAUAUUGUUCAUUUUGAUAGAUGUCCAAAAAAAUGUGAAUUUUCAUGUCGAAUAGAAGAUUUUAAAGAACGUUCACCAAGUGCUAUACUUUUUUUUGCUGAAGAUUUUUAUUGGUCUUUUCAUUUAUCUAAUCAAAAUCGUACAUCAUUUAAACAACGAUGGAUAUUUUGGUCAUGGGAAGCACCUAUUCAUCAUCCGAAAUAUACAAAAUCUCAUUUAACAUUCAAUUGGACAAUGACUUAUCGACAAGAUUCCGAUAUUGUUCAUAGUUAUGGUCGAUAUAUAUUUCGAAAUUUAUCAUAUACAAUUCGUGAUUAUCAAUCAAUUGAUUAUUAUCUUUCAUCACAUAAUAAUCAAUCAACAUUUAAUACAAGAAAAGAAUUUUCUUUUCGAAAAAAUCGAAUCUUAUGGUUUGUAUCAAAUUGUAAUACUCGAACAAAACGUAAUGAAAUAGCUGAAAAUUUAAAAAAAUAUUUUCAUAUUGAUCAAUAUGGUAAAUGUUCAAAUUUAACAAUUAAAGAUAAUUUCGAACAAUUACUUCUUAAUUAUAAAUUUUAUUUAGCAUUUGAAAAUGCAUAUUGUCGUGAUUAUAUAACUGAAAAAGCGUUCUAUAAUUCACUUGCACAUGGAAGUAUACCGAUUGUUCUUGGACCUAAUGAAGAAAACUAUAAAAACAUUUUACCACCAAAUUCUUUUAUUCAUAUUGAUCAAUUUAAAAAUUUAAAAAAUCUUGCUAAUCACCUUGAUCAUGUGAGUAAUAAUAUCGAUAUAUUUUCAUUUUAUCAUCAAUGGCGUAUUGAUUAUCGAUUAUUGACAUGGAAAUCAAACUAUUUUAUUGAUGAUCGAUUUUGUGAUUUAUGUAUUAAAUUACACGAUGAUUUAACACCGAAAAGUUAUUUAAAUUUUUCUCGAUGGCUUAAUCAAUGUAUAUAA